AUGCACCUCCCAACCCUCCUCCUGCUAGGUAGCACUCUCGCCUCGGCCCGCCAGCAGUUCGGACCUGGCCCUGAGCAAAUGGGCUACCUGACGCAUAUCGGACAGGGUAUCAACCAAAACCAAGGCCAAAAUGAGGGUCAGAACCAAGGCCAGAACUCCAACCAAAACGCCCAUCAGAACUAUGGUAACUACGACGGCAACUACAACGACAACUACCAUGAGAACUAUAGUGACAACUAUAGCGACAACUACCACGACGACCACAACGAUGAAUACAACAACCCUGGCUCAAACGGCUACGGCAACAGCCCCGGCUCAAGCAACCACUACAACCAGCCUGACGCCCAGCCUCAAGCCCAAGCUCCGGCUCCAGCUCAGAAUGUCCCAAGUGCCGCACCAGCACCCAUGAUCCACAGCGCAGCGGCACCCGCGCCCUCGCACCCGCAUGUUCCAGCAGCCCCAGUAUACGAGCCAAUGACCUCAACAUAUGCCCCUGUUGCACCUGCUCCCAAGCCACAGGUUCACUCAAGCGUUCAUGCACCCGUCCCUGCACACCCUCAGGCUCACUCCCCGGCUCCCGGUUAUGCUUACCCGUACCCUAGUCCGAGUGUUUCUAAGGUUCCUGUUGCUUUUGGUACUCCCAGGCCUACUUAUACGCCUGUUGCUCAGUAUCAGGCUCCCCAGUAUCAGCCUGAGCCUCAACCUCAACCUCAGGCACCUGUUCAGCAAGCUCCUGCUCCUGCUCCUGAGCCUCCUGUUCAACAGACUCAACCUCAAUCUCAUCCUCAAUCUCAGGCACCUGUUCAGCAAGCUCCUGCCCCAGCUCCCCCAGCUGCUGUUGCGCAAACUCCUCCUGCUCCCCAUCCUAAGCCCGAGCCUGCCCCGGCUGCUGUCCCAGCUGCCGCCCCAGCUCCACCCGUGGAAGAGUCAAGUGGAUGGGAGUCUGCUCCUGCUCCUCAUCCCGCUUCUCAGGGCCAGCAGCAGCAAGCUCCGGCUCCAUCCCCUAAGCCCCCUGUUCAGCAGGCUCCUGCCCCAGCUCCUGCUCCGGUUCAAUCUCCAGUUCAAUCUCCUGCCCCAGUGCAAGCUCCUACUCAGAACUCUCCUCCUGCUCAAGCUCCUGCUCAAGCUCCUGCUUCAGCACCCCCAUCAAACAACCAACCCCAACCCCAACCCGAAACUCCUGAGACUCCCACCCCCAACGAUGGUUAUGAUCAAACCCCAGAGCAGAACCCAGCCCCAGCAGGCCCCGACACAAACCCACCAGCAAAUGACGUCCCAGCCAGCGACGUAGCCCCCGUGGACGCAAUGCAGCCAGGCUCGAAUAUUGCCCCUGUUACCUUGGACGACGGCCCGAAACACGGCAAGGAUAUCGGUAAUGCUUUCUGCUCGGGAAUUUGUUAUCCAAAUGAAGCCGAUGCGAACUGUCCGCCACCUUUCUCGUCGCCUAUUCUCCAAAAGUCCAAGGGCUGUUACAUGUGUUGCUUUACUGCUGGGGAGUUUUAG